AUGUCAACAUUUGCUAAAAUAGGCUUCCGCUCCCUGAACUACGAAUCGUUUCGUCCCCACUAUCCCUCGUCCUUUUAUGACAUCUUGGCGAAUUACAUUGAAAGCAGACAUGUCCAAGAGACAGUUGAUCUAGGAUGCGGCACUGCAGUGGCAACGUUCCCGUUGCUAAAAAUUUCGAACCAUGUUCGUGGCAUUGAUUUGUCCCCUGCAAUGAUUAAGACUGCCAAUGAGUUGAAGGAGGUUAGACUCAAGCAAUUGGGAGUUUCCGAUUUUUCGAGGAUUGAUUUCGAGGUCAGCUCUGUAGACAACCUCCAAAUAGAGAAAGAACUGCUUGAUUUGCUUACAGCUGCCCAAUGUAUUCACUGGUUCGGCGACUUUGACAAGUUUUUUAGAUCUGCUGCGAAGUACUUGAAACCAGGAGGAACUUUAGCAUACUGGUACUACAUUGACCCUGUAUUUAUUGGAUUUAAUGAUUCAAGUCAAAAUCGAGACUCAAAAGAGAUAUGUGAAAAGGCUAACAAGAUUUACAGAAAGUACGCAUACGACGAUCCUAAUUGGUUUGGCCGGUAUUGGGAGCAACCAGGGCGUAACAUUCUCAGAGACUUACUUGUGGAAGUGGACAACAAGAUCCCUGAAGAUCUUUUUACAGAGAUCAAGAUCAAGAAAACCAACGCUGAAUUUGGAAUGAAUUUUCAUGAAGACGACCUUGAGUUGCAAAGGUCCGGCAUUUCAUUGUCUGAUUUCGCCAAAUACGUUCAGACUUUUGGCGCCGCCCACAACUACGCUGAAGCGCACGGUAAGAAUAGUUUACAAAAAUUCGAAGAUAAUAUCAUUGAGGAUUUUGAGCGUGAUCUCGGUUGGGACAGAGAAAAGACUACGGUCGAUAUCGCGUGGAGCACAGGCUAUAGCUUCAUGAAGAAAAGGUGA